AUGGUGCAAGGACACGACAACAAAGAUCUCCCGACUUCCGUCGCCAUGUCCUCACCAAAUGACACUAUGCUUGUCAAGGGCUUACGACUUGGCGUUGAGAGCGGUCGGAGUAGAUCACCACCUUUACAGGAGCAAGGUCCUCAGGAUGAUGCAUUAUUGCACUUGCAGAGUGGCCUACAACAUCUUAGAGAUACUCUUCCUGCAAUGUACAAUCUUGUUGACCGAGCAGAGUGGAGGAGCCAUGAACACCAUGUGGCUGAGCUGCUUCCGAGACUCAAGGAUGCCGUGUAUAAUGCGGAUGACCUUCUUGAUGAGUUUAGGUGGUAUGAGAUGAAGGCUGAAUUGGAGGGAAACACAAGCAAGUCUCCUUUUAGUGACUUCAUUGGUACUCUCAUUCAUGGCAGCUUUGACAAAUUGAAGGAUGUCCGAGAAAGGCUGGAGAAUCUUUCUCGCCAGUUGAAGAGGAUGGGGUUGCAUAAAGUUGUGCAACGAUUUGACAAAUCAGUUAGGCCGGAGACUACCGCUAUGCCAGAUGAAGCAAAAAUAUUUGGUCGUGCUGAGGAGCUAAAGCAAGUGAUGGAAUUUCUCAAUGUCCCUACAAAUGCAAAACACAAGAGAGCAAAAAGUUUAGCCAAUGCAUCAACAAGCUUAUCAGCAAACAACCAAGUUAGUAAUGAAUCAAGAAUAACAUAUCUUCCUGUUUUGCCAAUAGUUGGAAUUGGUGGUGUUGGAAAGACUACUUUGGCCCAACAUAACUACACUGAUCAACAAGUGAAGUCUCACUUUGGCCUGGUAAUUUGGAUUUGUGUCUCGGAUGACUUCAACGUGAAAAGAUUAAUCAAAGAGGUUAUACAAUCAUGUCCUAGAAAAGAGGCAACAUCUGAUAGUGGAAAAGAUGCACCGGCUGAUAAUCUGAAUUCUCUUCAGCUUGCUCUUUCUAAGCAUGUAAACAAUCAAAGGGUCUUGAUUGUCCUUGAUGAUAUAUGGGAUGAUUCUUUGAAGGAAAAUAGGCAGUGCUGGAAUAGAUUUUGUGCACCUCUAAAAAGCGCCCAAGAGGGAAGCAUGAUGUUGGUCACCACUAGAUGUCCAAAUGUUGCUCAGGGAGUGGGCACAGUGAAGCCUAUUAUAUUAGAAGGGUUGAAAGAUGAUGUCUUCUGGAAUUUCUUCAAAUUAUGUGUUUUUGGGUCUGAAAGUUCUAGCAAUGAUCCAAAGUUAGAACUCAUUGGUAAAAGCAUACUUCCUAAAUUGAAGGGUUCUCCAUUAGCCGCCAAAACUCUUGGACGCAUGUUAAGAAUGGACCUUCAAGAAACACAUUGGGAGAGUAUACUUCAUAGUGAAUUGUGGGAGUUGGAACAAGAGGUGACUGAUAUUUUACCUGCCCUUCGAUUGAGCUACAUGUAUUUACUAUUCAUUUUACAGCGUUGCUUCUCAUUUUGUGCUGUAUACCCUAAAGAUUACAAAUUCCAAAAACAAGCCUUGUCUGAAAUAUGGGUGGCAAAAGGCUUUGUUGAAGCUCAAGGUGAUGACUCUUUUCAAAAAGCUGGUUGGCAGCACUUUGAAGAUCUUGUAACUCGGUCAUUCUUUCAAAAAGUUAAUGGUGGAUAUGUAAUCCAUGACUUGCUGCAUGACAUGGCACAAAAAGUUUCAGAGCAUGACUGCUGCAUCUUAAGAAAUAAGAAUGACUAUGAGAAAGUUCCUGAAAAUGUUCGUCGUGUAUACAUAUUUCGUAACAGGAAUGUUGGCAAUUCUGAUUUGGUGAGCCUAUGCAAGCACAAAACACUGCGUACCCUAAUUUGCGAGAAGCAGUUAGGGAGUACAACAAGCACUGUGAUGGACAAGUGGUGUACUAAUCUGCCGCGUCUCCGUGUGAUUUCUCUUACCACUACAAAUGAGUUACCAUAUAGUAUUGGCAACUUGAAGCAUCUUCGGUACCUCAAAAUCUCCGAAGAUUGUUCUUUGAGCAUUCCUUCAAAUUUUUGUUGGCUCUAUAAUUUGCAGAUUUUAGAUGUCACAAACUGCAGUCUAGAAAGCUUACCAUAUGGCUUCAGUAACUUGAGCACUCUACGGAGAUUCGUAUCACAAGGAUUCUCAUAUUCUGCUGAUUGCACAUAUCUGAAUGCAGCCAAUAUGCAGCUACAAGGAACAAAACUAAUCAAGAAUUUAAACCAAAUUCGUGGAUGUUUGGACAUAAUAGAGGUUCGCAUGCUAAGUGAGGAUCAUGCGGCUGAAUUGGAAUUGAAGAAUAAGAAAUAUCUUCACGAGUUGAAACUGAACUGGUCAUUUGAGUCCUCUGCACAGUACAAUGGGACAGAAGUGCUCCAAGUUCUGCAACCUUCUAUAGAUCUCCGGUCUCUAUCCCUCGGGAAAUAUCCAGGUGUCUCUCUCCCAACCUGGUUUGAGCCGCAGAACUUGCCAAGCUUAGUAUCACUUUCUAUUGACAGCUGUUGUGCUCUCAACAGCAUAUCAUUCUACAACAAUAGUCGUAACGUUGGCACUUUCCUUUCCUUGACGAAACUAUACAUUUUGGAGUGCCAUAGUUUAUCAAGCCUCAAACAUUUUCUGCGUCCAGAUUAUGUACCAGCCAUCAAGAGUAUAAGUAUUAAUGGUUGUCAGGGCUUAGUGUCAGUACCAACUGAAAGGUUUGAGGGUUUUCUUUACUUGGAACAUCUGUUUGUUUCUGGAUGCCCAAAACUCAAAUGGGAAAGUGAAUUGUUAUUACCUUCGUCUCUCCAAACUCUCAACUUGAAGGAAUCUCUCUACUUGGUGAGAUGUGGUGAUUACUCUGCAUGUGUCCCUGGAUGGCUAGAAAAUCUCACAUCCCUCGUCUCACUGACGAUGAGUGGAUGCCAGGAUAUAACAUCCAUUCCGGGGCACACUUGGCUCAGUAAUCUGGCGUUACUUGAGGAAUUGGUAAUUUGUGAUUGUCCAAGCCUAGUUUCAAUUGGUGGAGCAAAGGCAGUUGCAAAAAUUAAGAAAGUUGAGAUAUACAAGUGUCCAAACUUAAAGGAAGCAGAUCAGAUCAUGCGGAGAGGCCGACGGUACAUGUGCUAA